CUUAUCCCUCCAAUCCUUGCAAGUGGGGUAGAAUAAGGUUAUAUUCUGCACUUCCCCAUUUUUCCUCACUUUUAAACUUGGAAUUAAGAAUCUUCAUUUGUAGUUAAACUCUUACUUGAAUCAAAUAGAUGCAUACCUUCCCAUUAUAAAAAAUGUGCAGUCAUCAUUUUUCUAUAUGCCAAUCACAUGGCUCAAUCACAAGAUGUGGGUAACUACAAAAGACACCAGAACUUGCAUCUAGUUGUUGCUAGAAUGGGCACAAACCACGUUUUAUAAAGAUGUGUUUCAGUAGAUGUCUUGUAAUUUGUCACCAUGUCUAUAAAACCACCACAUAGUAUAUCAUCUUGGUUUUAUCUUUUGUACAUAUCUUUUGUUGAAUGUAUUUAUUUGUGAGAGCUGCUGCAACAAAAUACCACUCACUGAGCGGCUUAAGAAACAACAAUCCUCCCCCUUUUUAUUCCACAGUUCUGAAGGCCAGAAGUCCAAGAUCAAGGUGUCAUCAAGUUUGGCCUCUCCUGAGGCUUCUUUUGUUGGUUCACCAAUGACCACCUUUUUGCCGUGUUCCCACUUGGUUUCCUUCUGUGUGCACACAUUUCUGGUCUCCCUUUGUGUGUCCAAAUUUCCCUUUGCUAUGAGGACACCAGUCUGACUCACCCUAAGAAUUUCAGUUUAAAUUCAUCUUUUUAAAGAUCCUGUUUCCAUAUGCAGUCCUGUUUUGAGAUACUGUUGCUUAACACUUCAACACAGGAAGUUUGAGAGAGAAGGGGACACAAUUCAGUCCGCAGGUGAAGCAGGAAAUUCUACCCAUCAAAACUGGCCUUCAGAGGCGCUUUAUGGCAGGAAAACUGUCCCUUAGGGGAAGCACCAGGUGUUGUGUGGGAAGGAUGCAAUCGUGUACUGACAUCUUCAGGAGAAGAAAAGCCAGUGAUACCAUCUUAGAACCGUAACUAGAAACGUGCAUGCUUAAGGUAAGCCCCUGCGGAGAGCUGAGAACCCACUCAAGGUAUCCAGACCACCCCUGGAAGGACGUGGGUGGGGGUAGCUCGAGGAAUGCUUCCAGGAGAGUUCCUUGGUAAACUUGAUCCACUCGGUAAACGCAUUUCAGGAAGCAGGGCCAGUACCGCGGACAGCACCAGGACCCCCGCCCGGGUGGGGGGAGGCAGCAGCACCACGGACAGCACCACCGUGAGCGAGCACUGCGCGCGCUCUGGGCGGAGGGGCGGGGAUAGGCGACCUUAUCAGCUGAUGCCUUACGUAGGCUGGAUCCCCACUUUGAGAAGGCAGGUCUGGAUGGGCGCGCCAGCUUUCCGCCCCAAAGCCGCGGCCCCAGACGGCGUGGUACUGGGGCUGGGGGGAUAGCAGGAGGCAGAUCGCAGAAAAAAGGUCCCUGCCUGGCUUCCCUGGCACGGGUUUGAGGCUGCAGCCCGCUGCCUGGAGAGAGGGGCGAGUAGGGAGGCAACGCGCAGCGAAAGUACUGCUCUGACGCACCAGCACCCCCUCCGGCACCCACAGGCUCCGGGGGCGCCCAGCUGCCCCCCGACUUGGGAGAUGCUCGGCUCUGGGUGACCAGACUGCUGUCUGUGCCGGGGGGAAAAGCCUGGGCAUGUGACAGCUUAGGAGGGCCCUGGCUGCGCUGCGAGACGCAGCCCAGCACCCUCCUCUCAGCCACACCGUCUCCCGCGAAUGCUCACUGGCAGGAGGUUUCGUAAACAAUCCCCAGAAACCCCGCCACCAGCCAGAGGUCGCAAACAUCCCGAGUGGCUCCGGGCGCAGGGGCCACGACUGUGUUCCCGAACGCCCCUUCUGCACGCACCCCGGGCCAGUCUCCUGACCCAGCGAUGGAUUCACCUGUGAAUCUAACCUACUUUUUUCUCUCCACCCCCGCCCCUUCGGAGACCAACCGCAGCAGUCUUGACGCCGAAGACCCGCGCCCCAGCCCGCCCCUCCACUCCGUCUUCGGUGUGCUUGUUCUGACCUUGCUGGGCUUUCUGGUGGCUGCGACGUUCUCCUGGAACCUCCUGGUACUGGCGACCAUCCUCCGUGUGCGCACCUUCCACCGGGUUCCGCACAACUUAGUGGCAUCCAUGGCCAUCUCGGACGUGCUCGUGGCGGCUCUGGUCAUGCCGCUGAGCCUGGUGCAUGAGUUGUCCGGCCGGCGCUGGCAGCUGGGUCGGCGGCUGUGCCAGCUGUGGAUCGCGUGCGACGUGCUCUGCUGCACCGCCAGCAUCUGGAAUGUGACAGCCAUCGCGCUGGACCGCUAUUGGUCCAUCGCGCGGCACCUGGAAUACACACCCCGCGCCCGCAAGCGCAUCUCCAAUGUUAUGAUCGUGCUCACCUGGGCGCUCUCCGCUGUGAUCUCCCUGGCGCCGCUGCUCUUCGGCUGGGGGGAGACAUACUCCGAGGGCAGCGAGGAGUGUCAGGUGAGCCGCGAGCCCUCCUACACCGUGUUCUCCACCGUGGGCGCCUUCUACCUGCCGCUCUGCGUGGUGCUCUUCGUGUACUGGAAGGUCUACAAGGCCGCCAGGCUCCGCGUGGGCUCCAGGAAGACCAACAGCGUCUCACCCUGGCCGGAGGCUGUGGAGGCGAAGACCUCUGCGCAGCAGCCCCAGAUGGUGUUCACCGUCCGCCACACCACCGUCACCUUCCAGACAGAAGGGGACACGUGGAGGGAACAGAAGGAGCAGAAAGCUGCCCUGAUGGUGGGCAUCCUCAUCGGGGUGUUUGCGCUCUGCUGGCUGCCCUUCUUCACCACGGAGCUCAUCGGCCCUCUUUGCUCCUACGACAUCCCCGCCGUCUGGAAGAGCAUCUUCCUUUGGCUCGGCUACUCCAACUCCUUCUUCAACCCGCUCAUCUACACAGCGUUCAACAAGAACUAUAAUAGCGCCUUCAAGAACUUCUUUUCUAGGCAACACUGAGCGUGAGGCCUGGGGAGGAAGGGGACAAGAUCCUCGAACUCAGUGAAAUUUCCAGCUCCAUCUGUUUCCCCGUCCCUACCCAUGGAUCCCUUCCACAUGGAAGAGGCACAUCCUCCAGGCUCUCCUGGGUCAUCUUCAGAAUUAGCCCUCAUUUCCCCACUCCUAGGUAGGAAUGUGGGUCUUCACAGGCAGUUUGGGUGCCCUUUUUUUUUCUUUUACAA